GAAAAGUUAAAACUAUACGAGUUCACGGCCUCCAUCUCCCUCAAUCUCUAAACCCUCAAUUGGAUCCAAACCGCCAUUGACGACCUGCUCUCGAACUCCGUCGAAUCUCGAUCUCAGAAGGGUUUCGUUUUCCACUCUGACAUGCUCGCUCUCUGCUAGGGUUUAUAUCCAAUUAUCGAUCUAACGGCCCGGAUCCUUGAAUUGAAGUGAAAAAUGGAAGGAGGAGGCAAUUUGGAGGCGUCGGUAGAGAAAUUGCUGAAUGUGGAGAAGCAAAUGAGGCUUGCCGGAGAUGUGGCGGGCACAAAGAAGGCCGUCACUGAGAUUCUUCAGCUCUGCUUUGAAGCACGCGCAUGGAAGACCCUCAAUGAGCAGAUUGUUGUCUUGUCCAAACGCCGGGGUCAACUUAAGCAGGCUGUAACUGCAAUGGUCCAGCAAGCAAUGCAGUAUAUUGAUGAGACUCCUGAUCUGGAAACUCGUAUAGAGCUUAUUAAAUCACUAAAUAACGUUUCUGCUGGAAAGAUAUAUGUUGAGAUUGAGAGAGCCAGAUUGAUUAAGAAACUUGCAAAAAUCAAGGAAGAACAAGGGCUUAUAGCCGAAGCUGCUGAUUUGAUGCAAGAAAUAGCGGUUGAAACUUUUGGUGCUAUGGCAAAAACUGAGAAAAUUGCUUUCAUUCUUGAACAAGUCCGUUUGUGCUUAGAUCGCCAAGAUUACAUACGCGCACAAAUCCUCUCGAGGAAGAUUAGUCCAAGGGUUUUUGAAGUUGAUCCCUCAAAAGAGAAGAAAAAGCCUAAAGAAGGUGAUGCUCUCGUUGAGGAGGCUCCUGCUGAUAUUCCUUCACUCUUGGAGUUGAAGAGGAUCUAUUAUGAAUUGAUGAUAAGAUAUUAUUCCCACAAUAAUGAUUACCUUGAAAUUUGCCGUUGCUACAAGGCGAUAUACAGUAUUCCUUCUGUCAAAGAAAACCCGUCCCACUGGACACCGGUUUUAAGGAAAAUAUGUUGGCAUUUGGUUCUCGCACCACAUGAUCCGAUGCAAUCGAGCCUUCUUAAUUCCACCUUGGAGGACAAGAAUCUCUCUGAGCUUCCAAAUUUCAAAUUGCUGUUGAAGCAACUGGUCACCAUGGAGGUCAUACAAUGGACAGCUCUGUGGAAUAUGUACAAGGAAGAAUUUGACAAUGAGAAGAACUUGCUUGGAGGUUCUUUGGGUGACAAAGCAGCUGAAGAUCUAAAACAGAGGAUAAUUGAACAUAAUAUUCUUGUUGUUUCAAAGUAUUACUCAAGGAUUACACUGAAGAGACUUGCAGAGCUGUUAUGUCUCAGCAUUCAGGAGGCUGAGAAGCAUCUUUCAGAGAUGGUUGUUUCCAAGGCACUGAUUGCAAAGAUUGACAGGCCAAUGGGCAUCGUUAGUUUCCAAAUAGCGAAGGAUAGCAAUGACAUCCUCAACUCAUGGUCUGCAAACUUGGAGAAAUUGCUUGAUCUUGUUGAGAAGAGUUGCCAUCAAAUACACAAGGAAACUAUGGUUCACAAAGCCGCCCUAAAGGCUUGAGGAACUUGGAGGAACUGGUUAAUCCAGGUUUGCAGGUUGAGCGGCCUUGGUCUUUUUUCGUUUUUGGCCUGAAAUUUAUAUGAUCGGAACUAUCAUCUAAACAAACUGACUGGGUUAGUCAGGCAGGCAUUUGUCAAGUUUUAAGUUUGAUUAUCAGGCACAUCUUAGCAAAAAAUUGUAGUAUACCGCCGGAUACAUGGUUUAUUCGUGGAAAGACCUAAACGGGCUCAUUUUUAUCUGUGGAAAGAAAUUGAUUGCUUUACUCGUUUAUUUCAAAUCUUAAUCAAA